AUUUUAGAUUCCAUAAUCUGUGCGAAAAAUGUCAAGACUUGGAAGUUGGAAAGAAUAAAUCGUUAUUAUAUUAAAUAAAUAUUAAAUAUUUUAGUUUUAACUUAUAUGUUCAAUUUAAAAUUAUAAUAUGUUUUUAGUGAAUCAUUGAUUAGUCAUCAUUAACGUAGAUGUAGUCUGCUGAUUUUAAUUUUACUGACAUAAAUUUACACUUCACUGGCUCACUUUUUUAAAAAUAAUAACAAUAUGAAUCUUUGGACUUCCUUCAAAAAGAAAUUAAUACAAUUUAAAGCGUCCUCAUGUAUCUUAAACUAGGCAAAUGAUAAUGUCUCAGCGAAGAUUUUAUGUUGUGCUUCUCUUAUGCAUCUUACUGUUUUGGUGCUUUCCUUUAAUAUGGAAUUUAACAUACUUCAUUUUAUUUAGUACCACUCUUAUUGUGACUAUUUUUACGUUUACUUUUUUUGGACAUAUCUCAUUGUCGUCACCGCACCAAACGUCGCUAUUUUUAUUUAAUAGUUUAGAAAAAAAAUCUCGCGUGUUAGAAAGUGCAAUAAAAGAUGAAAAAAAUGCUUGGAGUGAUACCAAUAAAAAGCCACAUUUACCAAUUAUAUUUGGACGAACAGUGGAUAGUCAGCUGCAACAGUUACUUGACUAUUUUUUAAGAGAUUUUGUUACUCAAUGGAUAAAGGAGCUGACACAUAAGCCAGAACCAAUAAUUGAAAAGUUUAAGGAGCAUGUUUGGGGUGCUAUUCAAAAUAUAUAUGAAAGAUUGUUAAGAAUAGAUGCUGAGAAAUUGUUAGCCAAUGACAUGGUCACAAAAGUAACACAACACUUUGAGAGAAUAAGGAUUUCUACAAGUUGUGCAAUGGAACUUAAUCAACCUCCAGUGUUCGCUUUAAUGCCACAUUUGAUGUCUUUGGAUACAGAAUUACACUAUCUACGACAAAUAAGUGAAAUGAUGGUUAUGUAUUUGAUGCCACGCUGUUACUCUUUAACUCCAGGUUCACAUCUACUCCGAGAAGUAUUGGCUUGUAAAAUUCUACAACCGGCUAUCGACAUCAUCACAGACCCAGAUUAUAUAAACCAAAAGAUAAUACAAUAUCUGGAGGCUCAAAAGGAAGUGGAUGCAAUGCACGUGAGGACCCACGAAUAUGCUAAGACAUUUGAGGAUUAUAUUCGCCUAAUAAAUAGCUGUCAUAAUGUGGACACACUCAAGCGCUUACGAUAUGACAUAGUGACUCAAAUAAUGCAAGCGACCACUUUGCAAAACAUCAAAAGGGCAAAAGGCGUAGACAUCGAAGUGAUAGAGAAGAGUGGCAACCUGAACAAUGUCAGUCGCCAGCAAGUGGCAGAUGCGAGGAAACUAAAGAGAUACAUAGAUCAGUUAUCUAUCGCAAAAGCCGACUGCGAAGCCGCUCUGAGGAGGUACGGCUGGGAUGGAGCCUUUCCUGUUCUCGAGUCUGACGUCAACACAAUGCCCUUGCAUAACAUCAUGGAGAGCGUCGCCGGCAGAAGGUAUCUGUCGAUGUUCUUAGAGACUCUGUGUUCCCAAGGUCUGGUGGGCUUUUGGUCUGCCGUCGAAGAGCUGCGCCACAGCCACAGGCACAACUGGCACCAACUGGGCGCCGAGAUCUUCUACACCUACAUCAGGUCACCCACGGCCGAGAUUAAAGUCGAUAAGGAGACCAGAAAGAGGAUGGAAUCCUUCCUGCUCGGGGACACGGGACCGGAAGUGUUCUACGAAGUGCAGGACUCGGUGGUGGACACGAUCCAGGACAAGUACUACCACUCGUUCCUGCUCAGCGACCACUAUAGCGCUCUCCUCGCGGAGCUGGCCACGGAGGAGGACAAGGACACGGGCGCGGCGACCUCCGGGGUCGAAGAGCGCGAGGGAGGCGAAGGGCUCUCGCCGGGGGCCGCGGGGACCGAGGGAGGCGCGGGGGCCCAUCUCGCGGAGCACUCCACCUACGCCAGGAGGAAGCUGGACCGGCUGCACGAGAGGCACAGCAACAAGACGCAGGCCUUGGCCGCGUUGCGAGCCUCGCUGAAGCCCGAGUCUCCCGCCCUGACGAUGCUGGCCAACGAAGUGGAGAAGCUGGCCGGCGAGCAGAUGCGGCUCGAGGCCCACUUGGCCCGGACCGACACCUGGGCGGAGCACCUGGGCAGCUGGCGGGCCACGGUGCACAGCGCUGAGCUGCUGGACGAGGCCAAGCCCCCGCAGUUCGUGGUGGUGGUGCACAUGGCGCAGAGCGAGGCCGAGGAGGAGAAGCCGCAGCACAUCUGCUCGGGGUGGGUGCUGCUGAAGACGCUCGCCGAGUUCCAGGAACUGCAUCGCAAGCUGAGGCCCAUGUGUUCGGAAUUGAAGAACCUCGAGUUGCCUUCCAAUUCCUUUAAAUUUAUUUUUGGGAAAAACGACAAGAACUCGCUGGAGAGGGCCAAACUUUUGAUACAAAAAUAUUUAGAGUUCAUCCUAGAAGACGAUAGAUUGAAUCAGUCCGAGGCCGUGUACACCUUCCUCAACCCGAGCUCCGAGCUCCUGAAGCGGGUCGACCUUCCCAAGAAAAACAAGUUCUCCUUCUCCACGUUAUUCAAAAGCGGCAGCGCCGAGGCGCCGAGUCGCCCCUCCUGCGAGAGGGAACCGUUCCCGGCGUCGGCCGACGAGGACGACAUCUCCUCCUACCUGGACGGGAACGGGGAGCUCGCGCGGCCCCAGGCGAACGGAGCCGCGAGAGCGGGGCCGGGGGGCGAGGAGCGGGACGGCGUGGCCGAGCCCCUGUACGCCCUGCUGAGCGAAGUGUUCGACGCGAGAGGAGUCUUCAAGUGGCUCCGGAAGACCCUCGUCUCCUUCGUGCAGAUCACCUACGGACGGACCAUCAACAGGCAAAUUAAGGAGACGAUCUCGUGGUUGUUCUCGGAGCAAAUGCUGCACUACUACAUCAGCGCGGCGCUCAAGUCCUGGUGGCCGGGAGGUGAGCUGUCGGAGACCACCACCAACAGGAACGUCAUGGACAAAGAGCACAGCCGCACCGUGGCCCUCCAGCUGCUGAGCGAGAGCGUCGUGAGCGGGCUGUCCUCUCUGGUGGGCGCCCACGCGGCGGCGAGGGGCGCCCAUCGCCUCUUCCUGGUGCUGCAGGAAGCCACGCACAACCGGCAGCUCUUCUACGAGCUCUUCGAGCUGGUUCUACUCGAGGUGUUCCCCGAGCUGAAGCGUUACCACACUACCUCCUCGAUCGAAGCCAAAGCCUUCCGACAAUAGUUAAGGCGACCGAAAUCAUUUGCGUCGAUAAACGCUCGAUCUCAUCUCGUCACUUCGAACCUUUCAUAUUAUUUUUAUAUUUUUUAUUUGACCUCGGAUUACUUUUAGGAACAUUCCAUAGAUGUAGUGGGAGAUAGAGGCUGUAGUCUGUAUAUUUCUUGAUGUAGCCGUUACUUUAUAACUCGUAUCGUUAUAUAUUUGUGAAUUGCCAUUUGUCAGACACUACGAGUAUCUCUACAUAGUAGUUCUCAUUGAUUUGUAAUUCAGCCCUCGACGUGUACCUGACUGUUAUUUUAUAUUUAUUGUAAGCAUUAAAACGAUGCGAAAUUCGGGAUCAAGUUUGUUUUCUUUGUCGUGCAAACGUUCGUGGAUUUUCUUUCACUGUCACUUUGACAAAGAGCGCCGAACAAUUGUUAGGAACGCACUAGACUUACUAUAUUUAUUUUUGUAAGACGACUGUUAUUUUAUUAUUUGUUCUCUCGUAUACUAUUGUAAAUAAUCGUAUUAUGUAUACCUCAUUACUUUAAGGUGGUAAAUGGCCUAGUUGACAAUAUUUUCCACUAUUUAUUUUGAAAACUAAAUCACUCUUGUUUUGUCUCGUGUGAAGAUUCGUGGCCUCCGAAACGUGUAACUGCAAUAGUGGGACGUAUAAAACUAAUUUAUUUUUUAUGAAUAAGACAAAAGAUCUGUUUUAAGCGUGAUUUAAUAUUUUUUUAAAUAUCCACGUAGACAGUAUUUACUAAUAUUUAAAAGCUUCGAGUUUGAAUAAGACUCGUUCGGAGCAGUCUUUGUACGGAACGGGAAGUUAUGUUUUAUGAAAAGAAUAUGAUAAUGUCGAUUAUAUUAUUAAUUUGGACAAAUAGAGUGAGGACGCAGUGUUCACUUGAAGACCUCGCUAUGAAUAUUGAAGCACAAUGCUAUUUGUAAUGUAUGUUUUGUAAGUGUUGAUACGGGGGAUGAGACGAGAGUCUUCGAGUCGAAAGCUCUUUCGUUUAGAGUAGAACUAAAAAAUAAUAUAUUGAUAACAUUCGCGAUAGCUUUCGGUAUCUCGAAGAUUCUUGUGCUCACCCUAAUGCUUUAAAUAUGUAUUUACUAAAUUUUGACGACCUGGGGCUAUAUUAACUGUUGAAGUUGUUUAGGUGUAUGAGACAUGUUCGUUGUUCAUUUCUGUCUGUAACAUAGAAUGUUCAAUAAAAAUGUCUUGAAAA